UAUGGAUUAUUAAGGACGUUUUACGUCAGCAGGGCGCCACAACAGGGUGGUGGCCGCAGGAGCCUCGUUACGUCAUCAAUCCACGCCAGGCAGCAUGGCGAAGGCCGCGGCGGGCAGUGGCCUUCUGCUGGUCCGUGAGCAUUACCUGCUCGGCGCCCGCUGGGAAGGGGCAAAAGGAAGAUGGGGCUUGCAGUUCCUAUGCUCCCCGCUCAGAUUUUGUAGUAGCGGAGUGGUUUUGGAUGAUAUCAACAAGCCGGUGGUGGACCGGAUAAUCAGAGUGGAUCACGCAGGCGAAUAUGGAGCAAAUCGUAUCUACGCAGGUCAGAUGGCUGUCCUAGGCAGAAGUUCAGUAGGACCAGUCAUCCGUCAAAUGUGGGAACAAGAAAAGGACCAUUUGAAACAAAUGAAGGACUUGCUGGUUAUGUACAGAGUCCGCCCAACCGUUUUGUUACCUCUGUGGGACGUUGCAGGUUAUAUGUUAGGUGCUGGCACAGCUUUGCUGGGGAAGAAAGCCGCCAUGGCCUGCACCGUGGCUGUGGAAGAAAGCAUCGCUGUGCAUUACAACAACCAGAUCAGGGUCCUCGUAGAAGAAGACCCCGAGAAAUACAAGGAGUUGUUACAGAUCAUCAAGAAAUUUCGGGAUGAAGAGAUGCAGCAUCACGACACCGGACUGGAGUAUGGUGCUGAACUGACUCCGGGAUAUUCAGUUUUGAAGAAUGCUAUACAAGUCGGAUGUAAAGCAGCAAUAUUUUUAUCGGAAAGAAUUUAAAUUUGGCCACUGUAGAUCUAUUGUUAAAUUAAGAGGUUAUUACUGUCACGUUCAAGUAGAGCAAAGCCUUCCUUCUUUCUACCUUAUUGAAAAGCCUCUAGAGAUGGGAA